UCGGCCAGGCGUCGUCGGUGCAGAUUCUAGCAGGCUUCCAGGCGGCUACCAUUUCCACUGCGACUGCGACUGCGACUGCGACCGCGAUCCCCGACGAUUUCUACCAGGCACGGCAACGGUAUUCCGCCGCCGCCGGCGUCGACGCCGCCGCCACCUCCACCAUCACCACCAUGAGCCAACCGGAUCCAGGGGCCGGUGCGGCAGCCGGAUUGAAGCCCAUUCGGCGUCGCAAUCGCAUGAUCAACUCAUGCCUCGAGUGCCGGAAGCGCAAGCUUAAAUGCAGCAAAACGUCGCCCUCGUGUGUGAAUUGCCUCAAGGCCGCCCGAGACUGCCUCUACAUCGGGCCCCGGCUCGACGAGGCUAGCCAACUGCGACUUGCCGAGAUCAAGGAGAAACAGGGGUCAUUAGAGCGCCAGCUCGAGCGCGAUGUCGCCAAGUCCACCACGAUCAAGGGCUCCAUGCAGCAGCGCAUCUUGGCCGACGAGGUCGAGUAUGAUGAAGACGAUGAGCGGGAUCUGGAAACGACGCCCCUUGUGGCCUUGGAUUUGACCUAUGAGGAUGAUGCUGACGGCGCGGAUGAAAUGAUUGAUUUGGGCAUCCAGAUUGGGAAGAUGCGCAUCACCGAAAGGAUAGGCGGGCUCAGCCGACCGCGCAUCUCGGAAGAGUUAUCAGCUGGUCUUUCAGGGCCAGGCCGUCCGCCAGGCCCCGCAAAUCCGGGGUAUGGGGGCCCGCCCCCGCGUGGGCCAUCUCCGGGCAUGGGACUUCCGCCCGGACUCGACAACAUGUCAGAUGGAGGGGCGUCGGAUAUGUCCAUCCCCGACUUUCUAAAACCGAGCGUGCAGUAUAUCGCUCCCACGAGCGGCUUCUUCUUUGGUCAAGUCGUAGAUCAGCCUUCCAUUCUUGGCUUCCUGCCGCAUAGAGCGGCCGCCGAUCGAUUCAUGAGACAAUACUUCGUGUCGGUCCAUCCGAUAGCCCCAUGCACUCAUCGCUCGUCUCUGGAGUCGACGUACGCUUCAUUUUGGGAAGACAUCAACGCAAAUUACGAACCGCGACCAUCGUCUCAGGCCAUUAUCUUCGCUGCCAUGUUCAGCGGGGCCUUAGCCAUGGAUGACGGCGACAUCUUCCGCGAAACGGGAGGUUAUGCGAAGGCCAACUGGUUGGCCUGUCUCAAAUUGGGUACCGAAACGGCCUUGGGCAAAGCAAAUUUCCUGAGGACUACCAAAGUAGAGACGAUGCAAGCAUUUAUUAUGUACAUGCUCCCUUUAUGCAGAGCUGAAGUUUCCAGAGCCCAUUCAGUCCUCGUUGGGGCGGCGGUGAGGAUGGCCGAAUGCAUGGGUUUGCAUCGCGAUGGCGAGGCCUACGGCUUGACUCCGCUAGAAACCCACGUGCGCCGGCUGAUAUGGCACCAGCUGUGCUUCUUGGACAUUCGCACUUGCGAAGCCCAGGGUCCCAAGCCCGUGAUCCGGAGAGACGACUACGACACCAAGCUCCCGCUCAACUGCAACGAGGAAGACCUCACACAUGCCAUCGUACCUCCCGAAGCGGCCGAGUAUUGGACCACGAGCACGCUACCUCUGAUCCGGUUCGAGAUCAACGAGAUGAUGCGGACCAUCUGGCUGGACCGGCGGCGGCUCGAAAGCCACAAGACGUCGCUGACGGCGGUGCUGACCAAGAUCGAGCACUUCCGCCGCCGCAUGUCGGAGAAAUAUGACCACCUCCUCGACGUGUCGCAGCCGCUCCAGCGCUACGCAAAGUGCGUCAUGUACCUACUCACCUAUCGCCUGCACGUCAUGGUACUGCACCCUUACCACUCGAACGCCGCGACCCCGAUGCCGCCCCGUCUCAGCUCCCUUCUCAUCACCUCGGGCAUCAUGAUUGUCGAGCUCGCCAUCCAACUCGAGACGAACCCCGUUUUUCAGAACUGGGCUUGGUAUUUGGGGGCUUACUUCCAGUACCAGAUUGCGCUUCUCCUGGCCACCGAGGUCUACUUCCGUCCUCAGUCCCGCGACGCGGACCGCAUAUGGGCUUGUCUGGAUUAUGUCUUUGGCCUCGACCGCAGGCUCCCUCCUGAAGCCAAGGCGAUGCAUCUCCUCUCCGAGAUCCAGGGCAAGACGGCUGUGUACAUGCGCAUGCGCAAGAUGCGCGGGCCGACUAACAUCUCGAGAGCCCAGCCGGCGCAAAACGCAGUGGCGGGUACGGGCGGUGGUAGCAGUAGUAGGGGGGCGUCACAACCCCCACACCCUCCCCUGCCACCGCCGCCGGGAGGCAUGCACGCUGCUAAUGAACACACUUCCCCCGUUCAGCCCGGCAUCCCCGUGAUUCCACCCCCUGCCAUGGUGUUUGCGGGUGUAUCGGAUGGCCAGGCAUUAUGGAGUUUCCCGCCCAACCAGCACGAAAGCCCCGGGAGCAGCGACACGUCGAGUAUAGAGCAUAGUCAGUCGUUGACCGGUGGUACCAUGGGCGGCGCGAUGGCGGCUCAGGUUGGAAAUAUUAUGGAUACGAUUGACUGGGAUACCAUCAACGCCCUAUUCCCCAAUGACCCCCAGACGGGCGGGCUUAGCAUACAGGGAUAUCACGAUCCAACGAAUUUCGGAGUUCUGGAUUGGGGUGCAUGAAAGGGAAUUGCUUUGAGCUUCGUCACUUGAUAUGUCUUCCCAGCGCCGUUGUUUCUCUUGUUUAUUAUUGUCAUAUAAAGAAGGGUUGCCGAAGCAAUUCGGGGUCUAUGUAUCUAGUAUGUUUAUAAGGACCCAAGAAUUGGAUCCGAGACGGCUUUUCAUAUAUUGAAGAUCUGUAACAUACCUGCUGUAGUGAACCAGUGCAUUUGCCGUGGGGUCGAGAUCAGACGGCCAAUCGAGCGUCGUUAAAUUAAGACGAAAAGGUCUAUUCGGUGCAUCGGUAC